AUGAAGUACCUGCUUGCUUCUUCGCUGCUUGCGGCGAGCGCGACGGCGCAUUAUACGUUCCCGGCUCUGGUUGCUGGGGGCAAGGCGACCGGCCAAUGGCAAUACGUCCGCAAAACGACAAACUACCAAUCCAACGGCCCCGUCACCGACGUCUCCAGCACGCAGAUCCGCUGCUACGAGCUGUCCCCGGGGACGGGCGCCCAAACCUACGAAGUCAAGGCCGGCGACACGGUCGGCUUCACCGCCCAGACCAGCAUCUCGCACCCGGGCCCGCUGCAAUUCUACCUCGCCAAGGUGCCCGAGGGCAAGACGGCCGCCACGUGGGAUGGCAGCGGCAAUGUGUGGUUCAAGAUUUAUGAGGAGAGGCCGACGAUUUCGGGACAGGGGUUGACGUGGAGUAGUCAGGGCAAAACCCAAGUCACCGUCACCCUCCCCCAGUCCCUCCCCUCGGGCGAAUACCUCUUCCGCGUCGAGCACAUCGCCUUGCACUCGGCGAGCAGCCCCGGCGGCGCCCAGUUCUACAUCUCCUGCGGCCAGCUCAAGGUCACGGGCGGUGGAAACGGAACCCCGGGACCCCUCGUUAGCUUCCCGGGUGCGUACAAGGCGAGCGACCCCGGAAUCCAGAUCAACAUCUACUACCCCGUUCCCACGAGCUAUACGCCGCCGGGACCGAGGCCUUGGACUGGUUAGCGGGGUUCAGUUGGAUUUGGACGGGGGUUUUUUGGACGACCUGGUUACGUGUGAGGAAUGUCAAGCAGUGUUGUAGAUUCAAUGUAUGAUUUUCAUU